AUAUUUCAUUUAAAAGAUGGAAGUUGAUAAGAAUAUAAGCAAACUUUUGCUUGGCGACACUCAAAAUAUUCAAGAAUAUAUUAAAAAGAAUUCACAAAAAAUUAACGAAAUAAGUUCACAAGGUGUGACAUAUCUGAUGGCAGCUUGCCAAGUGGGCAAAACAGAUCUUAUAAAUUUCUUAAUCGAGGCUGGAGCUGAUUUGGAUAUGAAGGGUGGAGAUGGCAAAACAGCUCUUGAUCAUGCUGUGGAGUG